UGUCGUUAUUAUCUAAACGACAAUAAAUACCAUUACACGACUCAAUUAUUGUUUCUUACAGAAUCAAAAUCCAACUUUUUUUUUUCUAUCUGUUUCUUACAAAGAGCCACCGCCGGCCGCCCACGCACUCACCGUGGUCGUUUGCCCCUUUGUACUAUCGUCACCGUCUGCGUCGGUCGCCGUUCAUCUUCCACCGUUGAUCGCCUUUCGUCCCGUCAAGUUCAUUUCGCUCAAGACUCAAGAGAGUCUAAAUCAUAUUUGCCAAAGCCUUGGCGGAGUGUGUGAGCUCAGAGAUAAAAAUGGAGGCUGUGAACAGAAUAGUGAACGCUGCAACGAGAGCCGCCAACAACAACACGGUGCUAAACGUGUGCUUGGUAGGGUCGUUCGUGGUGCUCUGCAUAAGGUCGGUGAACCAGCAGAAGGACAUUGAAGCCCUAGAGGCCCAGAAAGAUUCUCUCAUCAACUCCAACAAGGCCAUCAAGAAAUCCAUCUGGGAAUGGAAGCAAAAGCUCUAUGCUGAGGCCGAAUCUGAUUCCCCUUUGGUCCCUCUUUCUCGCCUUAAAGCCAUCUAUGGCGAAGCUCCCAUCCCCCAAAAUGGUAAUGCAUCAAAAGAAGAAGCUAAUUCUACUGCUUCAAAGUUUGUAAUAUGAUGUUAUUCUAGCCAUUCUUCAACUUGGAGAACUGUUGAUAUUUAGACUUCAGUGGUGGAUAUUGUGUUGCCUAUUAGAAGUCUCAUACACAUGGAGGUUGGUAUUACUACUUAGGUCUUGAAUAGUUCUUAUUAGCUCAUUCACCUGUGAUGCCAAAGAAAUAAAGCCAAAUGGGUGUUUGAGUUUUUCAUUUUACCUGAAAAAGCUUAAACCUUGUUUUGGGUUACAAAUGAUGUCAAAGCCAUCAUUGUGAAAGAGGAAAGAACAUAUAAUUUAGGCUGUUGAGACUGUUUUGGCAUCUUUGCUUUUUUAGAUGAGUGAUUUUCUUUGUUUGAUAUAAUUUGAUCAUAGCGAACUUAACUGAAGGAUCUUUUUUUCUACUUUAACACAGUUCCACUUUAUUUGUUUUA